UGGUCUUGAGGUGCUUUCGGGCGAGCGGUUUUCGUGCCUUCCAGCUCCCGCUCGGAGCGAGACCGGCCGGUGCUGCCUGCGGCGGCUUCUGCCUUCUUUGCUUGUUCUUCCCCCCGCUCCUCCCCUUGUCUCCGUCCGCCCUUCUCCGCUCGGCUGCCCCCCCCUUAACCUUCCCCCAUCCCUCUUUGUGCUCCGGGGCCGCCUCUCAGCUGGACGUCACAGUUUGUUUUAGGAGCUUCUGGGAAGUUAUUUUUUGAAGUAAUGCCCACAGAAAGUGGAAGUUGUGCCACUGCACGCCAAGCAAAGCAGAAACGCAAAUCUCACAGUCUCUCGAUACGAAGAACCAACAGUUCUGAGCAAGAGCGGUCAGGAUUGCAGAGAGAGAUGCUGGAAGGCCAGGAUUCCAAACUGCCGACAUCUGUCAGAAAUACACUUCUGGAUCUCUUUGGCCAAAUAGAAAGAGAAUUUGAGAAUCUCUACAUCGAAAAUCUUGAAUUACGUAGAGAGAUUGAUACACUUAAUGAGCGCUUAGCAGCCGAAGGCCAAACCAUUGAUGGAGCAGAACUCAGCAAGGGACAGCUGAAAACUAAAGCCAGUCAUAGCACCAGUCAGCUCUCUCAGAAAUUAAAGACUACUUACAAGGCAUCUACCAGCAAGCGCUCAAAUUCUUUCCCAGGCAAAUCAGGUGGACCUCGCAACUUCAACGUGGGAAGCUGGGAAAUAUGGGGUGGAGACUCUUGGAUUGUAUCCAGUUUCAAGACCACAACCUCAAGAGCCAUCUGCCAGCUGGUGAAAGAGUACAUUGGCCACCGGGAUGGGAUCUGGGAUGUCAGUGUCGCAAGAACUCAGCCGGUGGUGCUGGGGACUGCCUCUGCGGAUCACACCGCUUUGCUGUGGAGCAUAGAAACAGGGAAGUGCCUUGUCAAAUACGUUGGGCAUGCUGGGUCAGUUAAUUCCAUCAAGUUCCAUCCAACGGAACAAGUGAGUCUUACAGCAUCUGGAGACCAGACCGCUCAUAUCUGGAGGUACAUGGUCCAGUUGCCCACCCCCCAGCCUACUGCAGACUGCAAUCAAAUGUCAGGGGAAGAUGAAGUUGAGUUUUCUGAUAAAGACGAAGCUGACGGAGAUGGAGACGGUUCCAGCGAUUGCCCUACCAUCCGGGCUCCUCUAACCACCCUGAAAAGCCAUCAAGGUGUAGUCAUAGCAGCGGAUUGGCUGGUUGGAGGGAAGCAAGCUGUGACCGCUUCGUGGGAUAGGACAGCAAACCUCUAUGAUGUGGAGACAUCAGAACUUGUGCACUCUCUGACAGGACAUGACCAAGAACUUACACAUUGUUGCACACAUCCCACCCAGCGUCUUGUGGUGACCUCAUCACGCGACACAACGUUCCGUCUGUGGGAUUUCAGAGACCCUUCUAUCCAUUCUGUGAAUGUCUUUCAGGGCCAUACAGACACUGUGACUUCGGCGGUCUUCACUGUGGGGGAUAAUGUUGUUUCGGGGAGUGAUGACCGUACUGUGAAAGUCUGGGACUUGAAAAAUAUGAGAUCACCUAUUGCAACUAUCCGUACAGAUUCUGCAGUGAACAGGAUUAACGUUUGUGUCGGCCAAAGAAUCAUUGCCCUUCCACACGACAACCGACAGGUUAGAUUGUUUGACAUGUCUGGAGUACGAUUAGCGCGGCUUCCUCGCAGCAACAGACAGGGUCACAGAAGAAUGGUUUGUUGUUCAGCAUGGAGUGAAGACCACCCGAUAUGCAACCUGUUCACCUGUGGAUUCGAUCGCCAAGCUAUAGGGUGGAAUAUCAACAUCCCUGCCCUGCUUCAGGAAAAAUGAGAUGCUGGAAGAAUUCUCCUUUUCAU